AUGCGUACCACCGCUCUCUCUCUGGGCGCUCUCGCCCUGGGCCUCGCCAGCGCCCACGAGUACCCCAACUGCGAGUCGGACAACUGCUACCGCAACUUGAUCGACCCCCGCUUCGCUGAUGAGGCUGUUUCGUGGUGCCCGGAGUUCCUGGCCGCCACCACUACCGAGGCUGCGGCUAUCCCCACCAACUUCGGCAACUGCGACGGCGACGUCAAGGCUGAGCCGGAGGAGCCCACUUCGACUGAGGAGGCCACCACCACUGAGGCUCCCGAGACCACGACUACCGAGGCCCCCGAGCCCACCACCACCAGCGAUGAUGAUGACGACGAGUGCACCGCCACUGAAACCGAGACCGAGGCUCCCGAGACCACCACCACCGAGGCCCCGGAGCCUACCACCACCAGCGAUGAUGGUGACGAUGAGUGCACCGCAACCGAGACCGAGACCGAAGGCCCUGAGCCCACCACCACCGAGGCCCCCGAGUCUACCACCACCGAUGAUGGUGACGACGAUGCACCGCCACCGAGACCGAGACCGAGGGUCCUGAGCCCACCACCGAGGCCCCGGAAGCCUACCCACCACCAGCGAUUGACGGUGACGACGAGUGCCACCGCCCACCGAGACGGAGACCGAAGGGCCCUGAGCCCACCGAAGACCUCGACCACCCAGUGGACCACCAGCACCAUCACCACCACCACCACCCGCACCAUCACCUCGUGCUCCGCCUCGGUGACCAACUGCCCCGGCGGCGGCAUCCCCACCGUCACCACCGAGACCAUCGUCACCACCACCGUGUGCCCUGUCACCGACGAGCCCGAGGGUCCGGAGCCGACCGAGACCGAAGGCCCGGAGCCGACCGAGACUGAUGAGCCGGAGGGUCCGGAGCCGACCGAGACCGACGAGCCCGAGGGCCCUGAGCCGACCGAGACUGAUGAGCCUGAGGGCCCUGAGCCGACUGAGACCGAUGAGCCCGAGGGUCCCCAGCCGACCGAGAACCCCUCCGACAUCCCCACCCCUGUCCUUACCCUCUCCACUGCCUUCACCUCGGACGAGGUCGCCCAGCCCACCACCUCGGGCCCCGUCACCGCCGGUGCCGGCCGUGCCGUCCGCGGCGCCAGCACCAUUGCUGCCAUCGCCGCUCUCUUUGCUGCUUUCCUGUAA